UGCUAGACUGCAUGCCAGCGUAACAAUAUAUGAAUUCUUCCAAACAGUUUCCUAGAUUUAGUAAAGUACAGCAGAAUAACUGUAUGGAAAUUGAGAACUCAUCUAAUAGUUGUAACAAUUUUGACAUAUGAAGUGACUCCAUAUAUAAUAUUAAAUGAGUGGAGAGAAAGCUGAUUUAUCUGACUCCAAUAUUAAAACAAGUGCAUCAACUGAUAGCCUCAUGAAUCUGCUUGAAUGGACUCACCAGAAGCUUGAUUCCGGCAUCCAGGUCGUUAAGGAAGUUGGAAAUUGGCUUGAUAUACAUUUCCUGAAAGAGAAUGAUCAACUGAAUAAACAGGUUGACAAUGUGAAGUUGCUUGAUCGAUUCAGUGCCAGAAACACAGCUGUUGGAACUCUUUACCUUACAACUACACAUUUAAUAUUUGUUGACAGUGCUGGAAAAAAAGAAAUAUGGAUACUACACAUGCACCUUUCCCAGAUAGAGAAACUACCUAUCACAACGGGUGGAUCACCACUACAGCUGCAUUGUAAAAACUUCAUGUGUAUAACAUUUGUUAUUCCAAAGGAAAGAGACUGCCAUGAUAUAUAUACUUCAUUGUUAGAGUUGUCCAAACCAGGUAAUUUGGAGAGUUUGUAUGCUUUUUCUUACCAACAAAACUGUGAUUAUCAGAAGGAUUAUGGCUGGGACUUGUUUGACACACAGUCGGAAUACAUGCGCAUGGGAGCACCCAAUGAGUAUUGGGUUUUGUCAAAUAUAAACAAAGAGUAUGAGAUCUGUGAUACCUACCCUCGUUAUUUGUUUGUCCCAGCAAAAGCUGCUACACAGGUAUUAAUAGGAAGUUCAAAGUUCAGAAGUAGAGGUCGACUGCCGGUGCUUUCAUAUUUCCACAUCAAAAACCAGGCUGCAAUUUGUCGCUGUAGUCAACCACUUGCAGGAUUCAGUGCCAGAUGUGUAGAAGAUGAACAGAUGUUGCAUGCAAUACUCAAAGCCAAUCCAAACAGUGCAUUCAUGUAUGUGGUGGACACAAGACCAAAAAUAAAUGCAAUGGCAAAUCGAGCAGCAGGAAAAGGUUAUGAGAACGAGGCAUUCUACUCAGAUAUGAAGUUCCAGUUCUGUGGUAUAGAAAAUAUACAUGUGAUGAGAGCAAGUCUACAAAAAUUAAUAGAUGUUUGUGAAUUGAAGAAUCCGCCGAUGAGUGCUUUCCUGUCUGGGCUAGAGGCAAGUGGUUGGCUGAAACACAUUCAGGCCAUACUUGAAACUUCUGUGUUUAUAUCAAAGGCUGUGUUGGAUGGAGUGAGUGUUUUGGUGCACUGUUCUGAUGGCUGGGACCGGACAGCACAAACAUGUAGCCUGUCAUCUUUAAUGCUAGAUCCCUAUUACAGAACAAUAUCAGGAUUUAUGGCAUUAAUAGAGAAGGAAUGGCUGGCUUUUGGUCACAAGUUUACUGAUCGCUGUGGACUUCUAAGUUCAGUCGACAAUAAAGAAACAUCACCAGUUUUCACACAGUUUCUUGAAUGUGUUUGGCAGAUGAUGCAACAGUUUCCUUGUGCUUUCCAGUUCAACGAUCGAUUUUUGAUAACGCUACAUGACCAUGUUUAUUCCUGUCAAUUUGGUACAUUCAUAGGCAAUUGUGAAAAAGACCGUGUUGAUUUGAAGUUGUCUGAUCGUACAUUUUCACUUUGGGGCUUCCUGAGUAAACACAAGACAGAAUAUCUUAAUCCACUCUUCAAAAAGGAAUAUGAAGUCAUGCAACCAGUGCUUAUUCCAAAAACAUACCCACAAUGCAUCAGAUUUUGGAGAGGGAUGUAUAACAGAUUUGAGACAGGCAUUCAUCCGAGAGAUCAGAUAAAGGAUAUAUUAUCUGCUGCCAAAGACCAUAGCAGCUCUCUUGAAGACCAUGUCAGAUUGUUAGAAAGGAGGUUGACACAGAUUUGUCAAAUUCUUGGAAAAUCCGAUGAAACGAUUCAGCAGACACUGCAAGGUUGUGUAUCUAUGGAUUCCCUUGAUGGUGAUAUAGAUGAUAACUUUCACCAUAAACUGAAAGACAAGUUGUUAGAUAACCAUACUAUUGGUGAAAACCAUUUAGUAAACUCGUCAGACUUCGUAAAACGUGAAAAUCUGGAAAAGAAUAGACUGUUGGAUGGAAAUACAAGUCAGACCAAAAGCGACUCAGAAUCUGGAUUUGAUGAGUCAUGUUCGCAGAUGUCACGAUCAGGUAUAGACGAUCGUAUCUCCACACUAGAACCUGAGUCCAUGUCCCAUUCCGAGAGCUUAGAAAAGCUUAAUUUGGACCAGUUACAUCUAGAGCUUGAGUCAGUUGCUGUGGAUUGGCGCCCAUUUCGUAAUAUUUAUACAUGUAGUUGUGCAAUGCCGUUUGACCAUUUUAUGAAAAAGUUCCACUGUUGGAAGUGUGGUGAAGUUUUCUGUACCAGAUGUAUUGCGCGUAACAUUCCACUGCCUGGCCACGAUUCACAGAGACCAGUUCCUGUGUGUAAACCUUGCUACAGACAUAUAAGACAUUCACCUUCUAUGGAAUUUAAUCCACUUAUAAACCAGUCAGUAGAUACAAAAACAACAUGAUAUACCUGCCACUUAGCUUGAAACUUUACAUAUACUAGAGAAAAAAUGACUUGUUGGAUGGAAUAACAUUUCUCUAGUAUUCAAAAUGGAUACAUUAGAAGAUAAAUUAGGGGAAAUAAACAGUUGCUAAUUAUAAAAAAUUCCUUAUGUACACAGCAUUAAAGUUCUGACAACAUGACAACAUUCCUUUUGAAAAAAUUCUUUCCAUUCAUAUACAAUGUUGGAAAAAUCCGAUCUUCAAAUUUUGAAUAUAAAAGUACUCAUGAGAAAAAAUUGUAGUAAUUCCAGAUAUGAUUACAUGUGAUUGGAAGUUUGGAAUUUAACAAAGAACAUUAAAAGAUUGAUAGGGCAGUACUAUGUAAAAAUGAUUUUGGGUGCUUCUGUCUUAAAAACAAAUGUGAUAUUGUCCACCUAUCACAUGGAAUAGAUUUAUACUGUUGUAAACCAGUCGUAAAUAACCUGAAAAUAAUUACUAAAUUUAUCUCAAAAUACAUCAAUUAAGUGAAAUCUUUCAAGAAUUGUAUCUAUCAAUAUUAGAGGUAUAGAAAACAACUGUCUGCUUGGUGGUGUAAGUGGUCAUGUGUCUUUAUCUGUUCAUUAGAAUAGCACAUAUAUAUUUGUCCUGAUAUUUGUAAUCUCCCUCCACAAAGGUCAUUUGGGUAUUUGAAUGCUCCAAAAGUAAUAAAAAGAUUUUGUUAAAACUUCACACAUUGACAGAUUACGUCAAGAGGAAGUGCGAGUGUACAAGAACUAUAACUCUGUCUAACUUACUUUGAUUUGUCUCCGUUUAUUAACUCACCUGAACCAAAGGUUUGGAUGGAUGAUCUGUCAUCUGGUGUCCACAGUUGGUUCAUUAAUAGGAUUUAGGUUACAGUUCAACUCAUUGUAAAUUUUUUGUCUUUUUAUGCCCCCAAAGGGAGGCAUAUUAGUUUUCAACUGUCUGUCCGUUAGUUCGUUCGUUCGUUCGUCCCAACGUUAACUUUUUGCAUGAAGGCACUUUACUCGUGAACCACUGCACCCAGGACCUUCAAACUUCACUUCACUUGCUGAUAGUACUUAUUAAGUACACGACCCCUACUGACUUUGGGGUCACCAGGUCAAAGGUCAAGGCGCUGCGGGGGCAUUUGUCACCAUUAGUGACAGCUCUUGUUGAAAUCUGAGGCCAAAAAACUAGUUCACUAAGCCCAAAAAUAGAAAGGCUUGUUAACACUGUAAAAGCUUCAUUUUCUACUUAUAGAUAUAUAUAUAUAUAUUAUGAAACUUGAUCAAAAUGUUCAUCUUCAUAAAAUUUAGUCCCAGAUUGAAACUGAGUCAUCUUAGCCAGUAUCAUCAACUAAAAGUUUGACUUUGAAGUAGUAAAAUCACUUUUUGCUGAGUUAAAUCAAAUUCGUCUCAAAUAUAUCAUACCAUGUAGAAAAAUGCUCUACAUAUUAUUAGUAGUUUAUUUUGAAUUUAUAAAAGUUACAAGAAUUUGAUAUUUAUUAGAUUUAAACUCUUGGGCUAUUUUCAGACUUUAAAAGUUAAAAUAUUGAAGAUAGGGGCCCAAGGAACAAAAGGUAUGUCAUUAGGCCGAAUCAUAGAAAAUCCCUGAUAACACAAUAGAGGGUCAUAUUUUCUACUUUGUCAAUUUGAACCUGGUCAGAAUGAUUGCCUUUAUGAAAUAAAAACUAUGAUUGAAACUGGGACAUCUGGGGUUAAAAACUAUUAGGUCAAAUCUUAGGGCCAUAUUUCCUACUUGAUCUAUAUGAAACUUUGUGAUAAUAUUUGUCAAUAUGAAAUGAAGAUUAAGCUUGAAACUGCAUCCUCCAGAAUCAGAAAGUAGGUCUCUAGUUCAGAUCAUGAAAAACUUCGAAAACUUUCUACAGGACAUAUUUUCUACCUCAUCUAUAUGAAACCUUAUUAGAAUGUUUUAAGCUACCUGUCACAAAGUGACAAGGUAAGCUUUUGUGAUCGCGCAGCGUCCGUUGUCCGUCCGUCUGUGCGUAAACUUUUGCUUGUGACCACUCCAGAGAUCACAUUUUUCAUGGGAUCUUUAUGAAAGUUGGUCAGAAUGUUCACCUUGAUGAUAUCUAGGUCGAAACUGGGUCACGUGCGGUCCAAAACUAGGUCAGUAGGUCUAAAAAUAGAAAAACCUUGUGACCUCUCUAGAGGCCAUACUUUUCAAUGGAUCUUCAUGAAAGUUAGCCAGAAUAUUCAACUUGAUGAUAUCUAGGUCAAGUUCCGAACUGGGUCACGUGCCUUCAAAAACUAGGUCAGUAGGUCAAAUAAUAAAAAAACCUUGUGACCUCUCUAGAGGCCAUAUUUUUCAUGGGAUCUGUAUGAAAAUUGGUCUGAAUGUUUAUCUUGAUGAUAUCUAGGUCAAGUUCGAAACUGGGUCACGUGUGGUCCAAAACUAGGUCAGUAGGUCUAAAAAUAGAAAAACAUUGUGACCUCUCUAGAGACCAUACUUUUCAAUGGAUCUUCAUGAAAGUUAGUCAGUAUGUUAACCUUGAUGAUAUCUAGGUCAAGUUUGAAACUGGGUCACAUGUCUUCAAAAACUAGGUCAGUAGGUCAAAUAAUAAAAAAAACUUGUGACCUCUCUAGAGGCCAUAUUUUUCAUGGGAUCUGUAUGAAAGUUGGUCUGAUUGUCCAUCUUGAUGAUAUCUAGGCCAAGUUCGAAACUGGGUCAAGUGCAGUCAAAAACUAGGUCAGUACGUCUAAAAAUAGAAAAACCUUGUGACCUCUUUAGAGGCCAUACUUUUCAAUAGAUUUUCAUGAAAGUUAGUCAGAAUGUUUACCAUGAUGAUAUCUAGAUCAAGUUUGAAACUGAGUCACGUGCCAUCAAAAACUAGGUCAUUAAGCCAAAUAAUAAAAAAACCUUGUGAUCUCUUUAGAGGCCAUAUUUUUCAUGGGAUCUGUAUGAAAGUUGGUCUGAAUGUUCAUCUUGGUGAUAUCUAGGUCAAGUUUGAAACUGGUCAUGUGCGGUCCAAAACUAGGUCAGUAGGUCUAAAAAUAGAAAAACCUUGUGACCUCUCUAAAGGCCAUACUUUUCAAUAGAUCUUCAUGAAAGUUAGUUAGAAUGUUCACCUUGAUGAUAUCUAGAUCAAGUUUGAAACUGGGUCAUGUGUCCUCAAAAACUAGGUCAGUAGGUCAAAUAAUAGAAAAACCUUGUGACCUCUUUAGAGGAUCUGUAUGAAAGUUGGUCUGAAUAUUCAUCUUGAUGAUAUCUAGGUCAAGUUUGAAACUGGGUCACAUUAGCUCAAAAACUAGGUCACUAUGUCAAAUAAUAGAAAAAACGACAUCAUACUCAGUUCAAAACUUGGUCACGUGAGGCCAGGUGAGCGAUUCAGGACCAUCAUGGUCCUCUUGUUCUUCUUGACAGCUAAGUCGGGUCUCAGAGUAGUUCAUCCGGGUCAAAAAUUAGGUCACUAGGUCAAAUAAUAGAAAAAUCUUGUUAACAAUCUCGAAGCAAUAUUUUGUAUCUGAUCUUAUUGAGGCUUGUUCUUUUAUGAAGUUCAGGGCAAGCUCGAAACUUAGUCAGCAUGAUAUAUAUUCAAGGUCAAAUAAUAAGGAUCAGGUAAGCAACUCAGGGCCCUCUUGUUCGGGGGUCAUGAAACAUGAUAGGAAUGUUAUUCAGCUUGUGAAGUUGUGCACCUGGGUUUUUGUUUGGGAUUUCUAUCGGUCAGACCAGAGUUAUGGUCCUUAUGCAUAAAAAAUAUACAUAAAGGGUGUACAAGUUUGUAUCACAUGUAUUUAAAAAAUUAUUAGACUUUGAGUCAUUUAACAUCAGAGGAUUGUUACAUAACAUGUGAAGUUGGGAAUUUAUUCAGCCAAACCAGAGUUAUUGUCCUUGACAUGGUGAAAAAAAAAUUAAUUGCUAAAAAGUUUGUGUUAAAUAUUUGACCUAGAGUGAUGAAACAAUGUAGGAAUAUUAUUCAGCAUGUGAUUUUGUUUUGGAUUUCACUGUGCAAGAAUAGAGUUAUGGCCCUUGACUUAGUCAAAAAUAUACAUUAAGGGCAUACAAGUUUGUGUCCCAUAUAUCUGAAAAAGCAUCUUACCUAGAGUCAUAAAACAUUAGAUGAUUGCUAUAAAUUGUAGCAUGUUAAGUGGUGCGUCUGUUAAAAAGUUGUGAUGCAUAUAUCUUAAAAAUAUUUCACCUGGAGUCAUGUAAAAUGAUGGGAAGUAGGGCCACCAGUGUUCUAUGGACACACACCAAGUUAAAAUAUAAGACUGCUUUUUGUAGUCAGAGAAUGUUUUUAAGGGUUAAACCUUUGUCCCACUUUGCAGGGGAUACCAGUUUAUUGAAUUUUUUCUUGCAUUAUCGGGGCAAUGUGUCAUACAGUGUUAACAUCUUUCUUGUCUACCUGAAUUGAUGAAACUUUCUCAGAAUGAUUGCCUUUAUGAAGUCUAGUUCGAGUUCAAAACUGGGUUUAUAUUUAAAGCACUGGCCUCCAAAUCAUAUGACAACAACAACAAAAAAGUUAGGUAUCAGGAGAUUGAUGCUGUAUUUCUUAAGAAUGCCUCGACACUUAAUUACUGAUAGACUAUGUGUUAUGGAAACACAUGAGAAUUAGUUUUUUUAAAUAAUUUUGACAGUGAAAAUUGAAAAGCGUUUUAUUCUAGGUAAACUGCCUUAAUCAUAAAUAUCUAUAUAUAACACGUUAAAACACAAAAUCCUCCAUGAUGGUAUUGGUAAAAACAGCAGAAAAGUUUUUAUUGCAGCGGCGGCCCGGGUUCGAUUCCCAGUGCGGGCGUCUUUGUUUUUCUUGACUUGGAAUUUUUAAAGUAGUUUAAAACCAAAAAACUUAUAUUCUAAUGUUCAUAACACGACCAAACUUCAGUUUUAAAGAAAGAUCAAUUUUAGCCGAAAUCUGGAGGUCAGUGCCUUUAAGUUGAAAUUAGGUCAAAUCAUAGAUAAACAGUUUUAUCACACCAAAGGUAACAUUUUCUUGUAAUAUUUAUCAUAACAUGAAUUAUAAACAGAGGUAUCAAAGUGGUGAAUUUUCUGACCUAUGUGCACUCCUGAAGCUUAUAUUUGCACGAUAUUUUGCAAUAAAUAGCAUUUAAUCCUUAAAUAACAGUUGGUAUAUGUACAAGUAAGCUUUGAAUUUUCUACAUGUGUUACAGGUCAAGCUUGGAAUAUACAACAGUUUAAAUGCAUAAAAUAACACAAAAGAAAGCAUGGUAUUAGAACAGAUCUAAUGAAUACUAAUAAAUGAAACAUCAACCUAUUUUCAUACAGGUUGAAUUCCUUUAGAAUGAAAUAUUUGCCAUAUGAGUGACACAUUUAUAAUUCACAUCGGUGUACAUGUUUCCAUUACUUUACAUUCAAGAGGGUCUGAAUAUAUGUUGUGUUGGAAACCUGUGUGGGAAAAUAUAAACACAAAAAAUAUGCAAAUUAGCUUCAAGACUUAGUGUAAAAUGUAGCACAUAUAAAAUCAAAUAAUAUUAAAAUAUGUAAUGACUGUAUUAAUGUGGAUUGAUUUGUUGUAAUUUUGAAUUAUGUAUGAGCUUUCUCUAGCAUAUCUUUACAUUUUAUGGGUCUUGUAAAGCUAAAUAAAGUAAAGUAAUAAGUUUUAAUGUCUUUCUGGUUUCAUAUAUUGCCGAGCAGACAUUUGACAUUGAUAUAAUGUCAGACUGAUGUGUGAUCUCGAUGUUAGGUCAACAUUGGAUGUUGGUUGAAAACGGAAGUUGAUCAGAUAUCAGAGGCUGACAUAAAUCCAUUGAUUGCUAGAUAUCAUAUUUCUAAGAUUGAUUUGCAGUUAGUUUUUAGCUCGACUAUUCAUAGAAUAGUAGAGCUUUUGGACUCACCCGUGCGUCGGCGUCCGCAUUGGCAUCAUCGUUCGUGUCUGCGUCCUGAUUUGGUUAAGUUUUUUCUUUAAGCUGGUACCUCAUUAACCACUAGUGGGAAUGGAUUGAAACUUCACACACUUAUUCACUGUGAUAAACUGACUUACAUUGCACAGGUUCCAUAACUCUAUUUUGCUUUUUAUGCCCCCGAAGGGAGGCAUAUAGUUUUUGAACCGUCUGUCCAUCUGUCAGUCCGUCAGUCUGUCGGUCUGUCAGUCUGUCCGCAAUUUUCGUGUCCGGUCCAUAUCUUUGUCAUCGAUGGAUGGAUUUUCAAAUAACUUGGCAUGAAUGUGUACCACAGUAAGACGACGUGUCCAAGCAAGACCCAGGUCCGUAGCUCAAAGGUCAAGGUCACACUUAGACAUUAAAGGAUAGUGCAUUGAUGGGCGUGUCCGGUCCAUAUCUUUGUCAUCGAUGGAUGGAUUUUCAAAUAACUUGGCAUGAAUGUGUACCACAGUAAGACGACAUGUCGCGCACAAGACCCAGGUCCGUAGCUCAAAGGUCAAGGUCACACUUAGACUUUAAAGGAUAGUGCAUUGAUGGGCGUGUCCGGUCCAUAUCUUUGUCAUCGAUGGAUGGAUUUUCAAAUAACUUGGCAUGAAUGUAUACCACAGUAAGACGAAGUGUCGCGCGCAAGACCCAGGUCCGUAGCUCAAAGGUCAAGGUCACACUUAGACGUUAAAGGAUAGUGCAUUGAUGGGCGUGUCCGGUCCAUAUCUUUGUCAUCGAUGGAUGGAUUUUCAAAUAACUUGGCAUGAAUGUGUACCACAGUAAGACGACGUGUCAUGCGCAAGACCCAGGUCCGUAGCUCAAAGGUCAAGGUCACACUUAGACCUUAAAGGUCAUUUUUCAUGAUAGUGCAUUGAUGGGCGUGUCCGGUCCAUAUCUUUGUCAUUCAUGCAUGGAUUUUAAAAUAACUACGCAUGAAUGUGUGACACAGUAAGACGACGUGUCGCGCGCAAGACCCAGCUCCGUAGGUCAAAGGUCCUAAACUCUAACAUCGGCCAUAACUAUUCAUUCAAAGUGCCAUCGGGGGCAUGUGUCAUCCUAUGGAGACAGCUCUUGUUUACUAAAUUAUGCCCCUUUUUCGACUUAGUAAUUUUUGGUUAAGGUUUGUAUGUAAGCUGGUAUCUCACUACUUAUUAAUGGCAAUGGAUUGAAACUUCACACACUUGUUCACUGUCAUGAUCUGAGAUGCACUAAGUAAGUCCUAUAACUCUGCUUUUCAUUUUUUCCAAAUUAUGCCCCUUUUUCGACUUAGCAGUUUUUGGUUAAGUUUUUGUGUAUAAGCUGGUUUCUCCGUAUCCAGUAAUGGGAAAGGAUCGAAACUUCACACACGUGUUCACUGUCAUGAUAUGACAUGCAGUGCAAAGGUUCAAUAACUCUUCUUUGCAUUUUCCAAAAUUAUGCCCCUUUUUCAACUUAGCAGUUUUGGGUUAAAUUCUUAUAUGUAAGCUGGUAUCUCAGUACCCACUAAUAGGAAUAGAUUGAAACUUCACACACUUGUCCACUGUCAUGAGCUGAUAAGCACUGUGCAGGUUCUACAACCCAGUUUUGCCUUUUUUCGACUGUUGUUUUCAUUUAAUUGACAAGACAGCUCUUGUUUGAAAAACAACCACCAUAUUAUCUUUAUUUGUCUUUGUGAAUUAUAAUAUAGUUCAAUUAUCUGUUAUCAUGUUACACAGACUGGACUGAACAUAAAUUCAACAGAGAAUGGAAAAAAAGUCUUGUUCAGGUUGAUGUAUUUCUGCUUAAUUGUAUCUUUCAAAAUCUUUCCAUCAGUUCUUUUCAAGGAGCAGUGCUAAAUAUUCACCUUUAAUUUAUGAACUUUGAGUACUCUGUCAGUUCAAUAGGUUUCCAACAAAAGAUACUAUUGUUAUACUAAACAGGAAAUAAAACAUUAUUUAGUGGUGACUAUACUACUCAAUAAGUUCAUAUGGUAAUUUAUCCUCAGUUAUAUAAUUUUUUUAAUUUUUAAAAUAUAUUUUACACUCCGUGUCAAAUAAUAAAAGAGACUACAAAUUGUGUUGAAUAAUACAUACAUACAAUUGUUCUGUGGUCAGCCAAGCUCUUGUAAAUGUAUUUGUCUGCCAUAAGAAUGUGUAAACUUUGAUUCUUUACCAAUGGGCGGAUUUCAUAACUUAGGUUCCUGUUUUUAUCUCGGUAUAUAUUCUCACAAAAUAGUUUAACACUUUAGAAAACUGUUAUGCUAGAGGUAUAUUAUCUACCUUUGUCUCAAUGAAAUCAGUAGCAGUUACAAGACUGGGUCACAUUUGCUUAAAAUCUAGGUCAGUAGGUCAAAUAAUACAGACACAUUAUCACUGGAAAUCAGUGGAUCUUCAUAAAACUUUUCUUGUCCGUCUAGUUUCAUACUGAAUGUACAUUCCACGGUACAGUUUGUCAUGACAUUUAACCAAGGUGAAACAUUAAAGACCAGUUGAGCAUCUAAUGGCCAUCAUGGCCAUCUUGUUUUAAAAAACAAGUUUCUUUCUGACAAAUGUAUAAUAUGUUUAUGUAUAUUUAGUCCAUUAUUUAUUAUUUCUUGUGUGAUGCUUUAUAUUGCUGACAAAGAAUGAUUGGAAAUAAAUUCAAUAUGCUGA